GUUCUGCAUCUGCAAGGACGCUCUGAGUAGCCAAGGUAAUAGACCUUUGGACAUUUGUCAGUGCGGUGCCAGACGUCAUCCUCUCUGAAGGCUGUUUGUGCUCCUCCCUCCUCUACGUUUGAUGCUAAUUGAAGGGAGGGGGAGUGUUUAACGUAUUUCUCUGUCAACUCAACGUUUAGCUGCGCCACUGUUUCUGUCACGACCAGUCGACAGAUCCACCCACUCGCGACGUUUUUUGGAGCGAGUAAUAUAAAGAUAAAGCUUAUUGUGAAAUAUUUAGUGGCAGGCCUAUGCUAUAGGACUUUAUGGUGUUUCUUUAGUAAUGAAGUAACUACGAAAAUUGUAGGCGUAUCUAGGAACCAGUCCAAAACACACAAAAGGAGCGGAACAAGGAUAUCCACUCCCUCUCAGACUUGCUGGGAAAGCAGGUUAUUUGAGGACCAAACGUUUCCCCAGUUUAGAGCUCUGCAGUCUCCCAUCACAUCAUCAAAUGAGUCCAGAAGCAGCGCAGGAAGGAAGAGGACGCUUGUUUCUCAAUCCCGGAGACAUGACUCGGCUGAUCCAAUAUUUGGUUAUUUCUGACUCUUUUAGGGUGGUGACUGGUAAGAGACAAGACAGACCAUGGAAGAUAGCCCUCAGCGGGCCGUGCAAGGCCUGGGCUCCUUCCCGUGGUACGUGGGGGGGACUCAGGUUCUGGGCCUGGCCUGUGUGGUGAUCACGGGCGUGUGGAUGGGCAGCUAUCACGGAGGCUACGCCUGGGAUGGUUCGGGACAGGAGUUCAAUGUACAUCCCCUCUGCAUGGUCCUGGGCCUGGUCUUUCUCUAUGGAGAUGCGAUCCUGGUGUACAGAGUAUUUAGGAAUGAAAGCAAACGCAACGUCAAGGUUCUCCAUGCUGUGCUCCACCUUCUCGCCCUCAUUAUCAGCAUAGUGGGUAUCGUGGCUGUGUUUGACUUCCAUAAUCAUAACAAGAUCCCCAACAUGUACUCCCUCCACAGCUGGUGUGGCAUGCUCACCUUUGUUCUCUUCUGUGUACAGUGGCUGAUGGGGCUUGGUUUCUUCCUCUUCCCUGGGACGUUAAUGGCGCUGCGGAGCUGGUACCUGCCACUACAUGUCUUCUUUGGCCUGGCCAUGCUCGCCAUGUCCCUAGCCUCCUGCCUACUGGGCAUUUCAGAGAAAUUGUUCUUCAGUAUCCAACACACAUAUUCACAGUUUGCCCCAGAGGGGAUCCUUGGUAACAUGCUAGGACUGCUGCUAGUAGCAUUUGGGAUUCUGGUAGGCUACGUGGUGACACGGGAGGACUUCAGGAGACCCCCGCACCCAGAGGAAGAGGCUUUAUCUGUGCACUUUAAGACCCUGACUGAGGGGCGAGGGAGCCCCACCUCACCUUAAGCCAGGAAACACUCCUGUGUGCUCAGGCUUUUAUUUAAAACAUUUAUAUAUAUUUUUAAAGCUGGUGUAUAGGAGCUGGGCUGGAACAAAAGCCUACACACCCAGUAUCUCUCCAGGACCAGCUGGAGAUCUGGCUGAUUAUGCUGUCUUUAUUUCAUGUCACAUCAAGAGCUGUUCUACACCCCCUUGUGAUGAAAUGGAGGUAUGACAGGACUUAUUUGACCAAUGUAUUUGAUUGCUGCCACAGAUUAGCGCCAUAUUAGGGCUCUAAAAACAAAAUAGCCUUUGCUAAGUGUUCAGAGGACAAAGCCAGUUAGUUGUGCCUUCAUCUAGGGCAGUAGGGUUAUACUUUGUUUAACAAGGAGUAACUUCCAAGCUUGUGAUAAAUGAAGGAGUUGCAGUUCAUUCAGGGAUAUGUUCAUUGUGACAAAAUAUUGAAUUAAUCUAUUGGCAGUGUUGAAUUUAUGAUAAAGGAUGCACAAAGUUGUGACUGAACAAUGCCUGGAUUUUUGGGGUUGAGUCACCCCACUCUUGAAGCAGCUUCUUCACCAGGGAUUCCCAAGCCCCCCCCCAGAAGUUUCAACCCUAAAGCACAUCUGGCUUGAUGGUUACUUGACUAAUUGAAUUAGGUGUGCAAGUUAAAACGUCUGGGGGGGCCUAGAAGAGAGUUGGGAAACCUGCUAUCCAAUAUUUUCAGGCAAUUGGAUUAUAUUUUAGCAUUGGAUAUUUCAAAACAGAAAAUUACCCAAUCAAGAUUAAAAGUGAUUAGGAUACUCUGUAGAACAUUGCGCUUGCAGGAUAGUGGGUUCGAUUCCUGGGACCACCCAUAUGUAAAAAAAUAAAAAAUAAAUCAAAUGUAUGCAUGCAUAACUAAGUUGCAAAUUUUGAUCACACUUGAAGGGUGGAAGGCACUACAACCAAGACAUUUUCAAGGUGGGGAGGUUUAAACGUUCCUUAUGUUAAAUCGACUGCAGUAUAGGUAUGGGGUCAGUUAUAUUGAGAAGUGUCAAAUAAAUGCAUGUUCUGUGAUAUGCAGACAUUUUAUCUUAGUCACUGACAGUGUAGAAGUAGUCAUGACCUGUAGAGGGCAAGGUGUAGGCCUACUCAAAAUCCUGUGAUCGUAAUAUUGCAGGAACGCAUCUUUUUUUGGAAACCCCCCCCCCCCCCCCUAGCUCAAUUGAUAUCUUGAUUUACAGAAUCAUUUAUAUCUGGGGUCAAUUUGGUUAAAUGCUCAGAGCUAGUGUAAUAGAAGGGAGUCACUGGAUUUAAUUGCACGAAGCUGCUUAUCUGUAUUCAUGUUUGCGACUAGAUUUAACAGUCGAUGGUUUUGGUGUAUGAAUGUUGUGUUGUAAUUUGCUUUGUUCAAAGCAUCUACUUGUCCGAAUAAUUCAACUAAGAUUACUUGUCAAUAUCGCUGCCUCUUUUCACUUGUGGAAACUUGUUCUAUACAAUUAUUAAACCUAUAUUGCCUUCCUAUCA